GUCGUAGCGGCACUUGCGUUAGGAGAGUAAAAUGUGUUUGACAGGAAUCUGAACGAGAGGAGGGGGCGGCGGCACACUAGUGGAAAUCCGCACCUUCAAGAGAUCGCCAUCACUUUUUUCCUCUCGUCAAUCUCCAGUCGCGUGCAGUCCGUCAACCGCGGGGAGGCGAAUGCGGUGAAUUAUUUGGAGGCUCAGCAACAGGGCACACAGAGUACAGGAUGCCGCUGACUCUAUCAACCCCGCGCGCGGGGAGCUCCCGCGACUAGCGCCGCGCAAAGUAUCCAAAAAGGAGAAUGCGAAUGGUUAGAGAUGACAGGAUUCAAUUAAUAUGGAAACGAUGUAGCUUCACCGCCGCAUUGCAUAUAGCUCGGGGAAACAGGUUAGAAAGUAGAUAGCUAAAUAGGGCGCAUUUUGCCGUCAUACAUGCAAACUUACUCAUCAUUAAGCUCAACUAGCCUGUAGUUGGCUGCAACAAAAGGAAAACAGCUGCUCGACACUGUCUUCAGAUACCAAAGAAGACAGAAGAAUUAAAGAUGUUACGGAGGAGGCUCAACCGAUUGUGUGGAGGAGAUGAGAAGCGAGUGGACAGCAGGACAAUCUAUGUAGGACAUCGGCCAUGUCCGGACACAGAGGCCUUCAUCCCCUCCAAAUUCUGUGACAACAGGAUCGUGUCCUCCAAGUACACAGUGUGGAACUUCCUGCCAAAGAACCUAUUUGAGCAGUUUAGAAGAAUUGCUAAUUUUUACUUCCUCAUCAUAUUCUUGGUGCAGGUGAUUGUUGAUACCCCGACCAGCCCCGUGACCAGUGGUUUACCUCUGUUUUUUGUCAUCACAGUGACGGCCAUCAAACAGGGUUAUGAGGACUGGCUGCGGCACAAAGCAGACUACGAGGUGAAUAAGUACCCGGUGACGGUGUUAGAGGACGGGCGGUCAGUGAAGAAGGAGAGCGAGAAGAUCAAGGUGGGUGAUGUGGUUGAAGUGGUGGAGGACGAGACCUUUCCCUGUGACCUGAUUCUUUUGCAGUCCAGUCGAGAAGACGGCACUUGUUUUGUCACCACAGCCAGCCUGGAUGGAGAAUCCAACCAUAAAACACACUACACGGUGCCGGACACAGAGAAGGACCUGCAGUCUCUCUAUGCCACCAUUGAGUGUGAACAACCCCAGCCUGACCUCUACAAGUUUGUGGGCCGAAUGCACAUUUACAAGCCGGAGCAGGAGCCAGCAGUAAGAUCUUUGGGCCCAGAGAACCUUCUCCUAAAAGGUGCUACAUUGAAAAACACCAAGAAGAUUAAUGGUGUCGCAGUAUACACAGGCAUGGAGACGAAGAUGGCACUCAACUACCAGGGCAAAUCUCAGAAACGAUCAGCUGUUGAAAAAUCCAUCAAUGCCUUUCUGUUGGUGUAUCUAUGUAUCCUCAUCAGUAAAGCUGUAGUGUGUACUACACUAAAGUACAUAUGGCAGAGCAAAGAAGGUCAGGAUGAGCCCUGGUACAACCAGAAAACGCAGAAGGAGAAAGACACUAAUAUGUAUUUGAAGAUGUUUACAGACUUCCUCUCCUUCAUGGUCCUUUUCAACUUUAUAAUCCCCGUGUCCAUGUACGUCACUGUGGAGAUGCAGAAAUUCCUGGGCUCUUUCUUUAUCACUUGGGAUAAAGACUUCUUUGACCCGGAGAUCCAAGAGGGCGCGCUCGUCAACACUUCAGACCUCAAUGAGGAACUUGGCCAGGUGGAAUAUGUAUUCACAGACAAGACGGGCACACUGACCCAGAACAACAUGGAGUUCAUAGAGUGCUGUAUAGACGGCUUCCAGUACAAACACAGAGACGAGCUGGACGGCUUCACUGUGACGGACGGGCCUGUGAGUAAACUGCAGCAGAGGGCUGGACAGGAGAAAGAGGAGUUGUUUCUGCGGGCCCUUUGUCUGUGCCACACGGUGCAGGUCAAGGAGGAUGGAGCCGAGGAAACUCCUAGGGACCAAGUUGAUGGUAUUGACGGGAUGUUCCCCCAGCCAGAGGAGGAAAGAGGCUUCAUCGCAUCUUCCCCUGAUGAGAUCGCACUGGUCAAAGGAGCUAUGAGAUACGGCUUCACCUUCCUUGGUUUGGAGAGUAAGUGCAUGAAGAUCAAGAACAGGCAAAAUGAUGUAGAAGAAUAUAAAUUGCUCCAUGUCCUAAACUUUGACCCAGUCCGACGGAGAAUGAGCGUCAUCGUGCAAACCAGAUCAGGGGAGACGCUGCUUUUCUGUAAGGGAGCCGAUUCCUCCAUCUUCCCAAGAGUCAAACCAGAAGAGGUUGAAAGGAUUCGGUUGCAUGUUGAGCGAAAUGCAACGGAGGGUUACCGUACACUGUGUGUAGCCUAUAAGCAGCUGAGUGCUGAGGAGUAUGCCAUGGCAGACACUGGGCUAAGAGAGGCUAGACUGGCUCUUCAGGACAGAGAGGAGAAACUCAUGGCCAUGUAUAACCAAGUGGAGACGGGAAUGAGUUUGAUUGGAGCGACCGCUGUGGAGGACCGACUUCAGGAAGAGGCAGCAGAGACCAUGGAGGCCUUGCAGGGUGCAGGGAUGAAAAUUUGGGUGCUGACGGGGGACAAAAUGGAGACGGCCAAGUCCACCUGCUAUGCCUGUCGCCUGUUCCAGCGGGGUACAGAACUACUGGAGCUGACAGUGCGGACACUGGAUGAUGAGAGGUUAAAGCGCGAGGAAAAACUUAUUGAGUUGUUACGGGACUACCAUCGAAGAGCAGUGCAGGAUGCCCCGCCUGUCAAAGCAGGGGUCACCAGGAGUUGGUCUAAAACAAAUCAGGAGUACGGCUUCAUCAUAGAUGGCGCUACGCUGUCGUUGUUGAUGAACCCUCCCCGUGAUGCAGAUGCCACUCUGUACAGGAGCCUCUUUCUGCAGAUCUGCCAGAACUGCACUGCCGUUCUCUGCUGCCGCAUGGCCCCCCUGCAGAAAGCUCAGAUAGUGAAGAUGGUGAAGAACUCCAAAGGUUCCCCAAUCACUCUCUCCAUUGGCGAUGGGGCCAAUGACGUUAGCAUGAUUCUCGAGGCACACGUGGGCAUUGGUAUUAAAGGUAAGGAGGGCCGUCAAGCUGUGAGGAACAGUGAUUAUGCCAUCCCUAAACUCAAGCACCUAAAGAAGCUUUUGCUGGCUCAUGGGCAUCUCUACUAUGUGCGCAUUGCUCAUCUCGUCCAGUACUUCUUUUAUAAGAAUCUUUGCUUCAUAUUACCUCAGUUCCUUUACCAGUUUUUCUGUGGAUACUCUCAGCAGCCCCUGUACGACGCAGCCUAUCUGACGAUGUACAACAUCUGCUUCACCUCCAUGCCCAUUCUGGCCUACAGCCUGCUGGAACAGCACAUAUCCAUAGAGAUUCUGCUGGUCAACGCCUCCCUCUACAGAGAAAUAGCCAAGAAUGCCACGUUACGAUGGCGUCCCUUCCUCUACUGGACAGUGUUAGGACUUUUUCAGGGUCUCCUGUUCUUCUUUGGUGUCCGUUUUCUGUUCAGCAAUCCAGCACUGCAGGAUAACGGGCAGGUCUUCGGAAACUGGUCUUAUGGAACAAUUGUCUUUACAGUUCUUGUUUUCACUGUCACAUUGAAGCUGGCUUUAGAUACACGGCAUUGGACAUGGAUCAACCAUUUUGUGAUCUGGGGCUCGUUGGCCUUUUAUGUUUUCUUCAGUUUCUUCUGGGGAGGCAUCAUAUGGCCGUUUUUGAAGCAGCAGCGUUUGUACUUUGUGUUUGCUAACAUGCUGAGCUCAGUGUCUGCCUGGCUGGUUAUCAUCAUCCUCAUUCUCCUCAGUCUGCUGCCAGAGAUCCUUUUGGUGGUCCUCCGCAAGCCCAGAGGCCCCCAUUCACGACAGAAAAAGCCGGGUCAGUCGAAUGUUGUGGGCAGCCAGUCCUCUCAGUCUUCAGCCAGACCCCUGCUCAUGAGAACCUUUUCAGACGAGUCCAAUUCUGUCAUAUGAACAGCUGUCAGAGGAAUCCUCAACUGAUACAGACAGAUGGCUGCUGUCACACCCCUCUCCUACAAGCAUCUAAAGGAGCGUUACUGAUGGGCACGGGCAGCCUUGGGUUAAGACUACUGAUGGGACCCUCUUUCAGGGUCACUGCCCUUCCUCCUGCCUGUUUAAAUGAAACAUGACAAUGGAACCACCUUAAACUGCUCUGUCAUGUACUUCUUUCAAAGCCUCUCAUCCCAGAACGAUUCCACAGGAACUACGGUUUUCACAACAUUUUUCGCCCUGCCCUACUGCCAUACUCUCACAUUCAACCCUACCGGGAUAAACGCGUCGCUGGAUAAGUCGUCCGUAGCACUCAACUGCUGCAGAAUGUACCGACAUCCCUGCUCCUCCUUAUUGGUUCUCUUGCAUGAUUCCCCCCCCAAAAAAGUCCUAUAAAUACCUUUUUUCCACCGUCAACAUGCUCUCUAGUUGUCUUUACUUUGUUGGCAGACAGUUGGCCCCUUUUGUGAUUGGUUAGCAGGUGUGAUCACAAACCCAAAUCGUAGUUUAGAGUUUUGUAACAUGUAGCUGUUCGAGAUCCCUAAAUGUGAGCUCUCUCUAAGAUGCUGCACUGAGGGCACUGACCCUAUGGGUAUAAAAGCUGCCUUUCAACAACUUGCUGUUUGUUCGACCACAUGGAGUUCUGGGAUAUCCCACGGUGCCCAACAACUCUGUACAUGUACGUGUGUGUGUGAGAAAUCGAAAAUCACUUACAGAUUUUCUUCAGAUAUUUCUUAUAACGUACUGUCACAGUUUUCAAUGUUACUCUUUGUUGAAACGGGGAUCAGUUUACAGUUGGAUUAUAAAUGUAAGAAAUGUACUAGUGAAAAAGUGUGGAAAUUGUUGCUUGAUGCCAAAAAAAAAAAAGUGGGCGACUGUCUCUGUUCAGUUUUUUUCUUGAAGGUGAAUUAUCCGUGGUAACGGCACAUGCUAAGAUUAGUUCUCAAUGCAAAGUUAAUUGCGUAUUUCAGAGUGAGCCUCACUAUUGAGCUGUUAAUGACGUUUAUAUUGAAUGUGUCGGCUCUACAUACCAGGCCAGUGCUCAAAAACACACUUUCACGUCCACAUGCACGCAUUUCACUUUUUUCGAGGUAACUGAAUGAAUCUCUUAAAAGGGGUGGAGCUUAGGUCAGUGAAAUAGGAGUUGUAGGUCCAAUGCCUAUUGAAACCUAUGUCUGCCCUCUAGUGGUUAGGAGGGAACGGAUCUUCUUUCUACUUUUUUCACUUAUGAAUACAUUCCAUUUCUAUGUGCCAUGAUUUCAAUCACCUUUUAGAGUAUAAUUGAAUUAUUCUGUUCUUUACUAUGUGAUUCUUUUUGACAUAUUUAUUGUACUUUGUAAUUAUACUCACAGUUUUUAUAUUUUUGUCAGAGGUAUUUCCUUUCUUUUCUUAAAUUGUUAAUCAUUAUCAGCUUGUGCCAAUUGUUAUUUUUGUUUUUUUCUUUGCCUGUGCAAUCCGCUGUUGAACAGAUUGGGUUUCUAUAAACUGUAAGCCUGAGCAGACCCUGUAGACCAGCAGCUCUGGGCUCUUUCUCUGAUCAGAGAUCAGUCUGAUAGAUCCUCCACUAAUAUAUGGUGUGAAUGCAGCUAAAAUCUCUGUGUCCCUUUAAUAUGAACGAUCUAUUCCGUUCUUCUUUCUGCUUGUAACCCAAAAUGGGUGUUAAAAGAGCCACUGUCUUUCUUGAUGAUGUUAAUCUCCUAAAACAAUGCCAUAUGAAAAAUGCCCCAUUCCAGCUUCAACUAUCUUCAAGUGUGCGUGUGUGUGUGUGUGGAUUAUCCAAGGGAAAGUGGUGUGUGUUUAGACCUCUGACUGUGUCAUGAUGCUAAGCAUCUUAAGCUCAGCUCCAAAUCUUGGGCCAGGCUUAAAUCAGCUGUAUCACAGCCCUGCAUAACCACCAGGCCUUCUUUUAAUUUCUGAUUACAUCAUGAAUCAGCUUUCCAGAGAAAAUAUAUCAGAGCUCUAUUUACAUUUGCUUUUCAGCUAGACUGGUAAGGCCAGUUUUUUUCUCUCUGUGCAUGUAUGACCACUAAUGCCACCACUGGACUGAACCCUGGUGAGCACAUACACACUCACCAAGAUGAAGACAUUCAUGUGUUUGUUCAGCUCAGUUUGAGAGGGGUAAAUGGAACUUGCCUGCAAUGUUUGAAAUUUCCAAACAGACCUUUAAAUUACUUCAGAGAUGCUAUUUUCAAAGCUUAUGAUAAUUCUUGGAUUCUCAUGUUGCCUGAAUAUAUAUAUAUAUAUAUAUAUAUAUAUAUAUAUAUAUAUAUAUAUAUAUAUAUAUAAUAUAUGAAAUAUAUGAAAUUAUUUGAUUGUAUUUUUAAUGAAACUUUUUGAGCCAAUUUUGUAAUAAAAAGAAAAUAUUAAAAAAAAAAAAAAAAAAAAAACAGCCGAGAAAGGCAGCCUGAUUGUGGAGUGUGAGGCAGGGCUGAGGUGUUGCUGUGAAAUGAAUCAGGCACUAACUCAGUCAGCCCUGCUCCCUCCAUCAUGUCCCUCAGGCUCCAGCUGAUCUGAAUGUACCUCUUAAGACCAGUCUGUUUCAAACUUUUCUUUAAUAAAAGCUGUUUUGAAAGAAGA